AGAUGGCCUCUGCAGGGAGUCGCUGCGCAAAACCUCAACGAUGGAAGAAUAUGACCGCGUUAUUGAUUUCAUCAACAGCUACCCCAAGAUGCAUGUUUGGAUUCCGGAUGAUACCUUCAGUGUCCUCUUCCUGCAGUGCACAGUUGAGUGUGUGUGUGCAAAGUCUAGCUGCUUAAAGAGCCACAAGAGGCGCUGGAAGUCAAACGUCAAUUCUCUUGCAGCAAAGGGCAAGCUCCACCUGGUGACCGAGUUCAGGAUAGUCAUGACUGACGAGAGCAAGCAGCCACUGGAUCUCAGCAAGGCAGUACUGGUGAUAGUGCCGGGUAUCUCCAGCGUUGUGUCCAAUGUGUCCUCCAUUGUGAUGGUUGGCAAUGGUGCGUUUGAGGCUGGCUCAUUACAGACACUGAGGCAGAUGCGUAGCGAGGCCGAGGAGGCAGCAGACACCAUCCAUCGGACAUUUCAGAAUGUCAGCAGCCUUCGGCUCUACAGUCCCAACCACACCGGCGACGAUUCCCCCUGUGCGACUGAUAUUCCUGACUACGUUUGGUCACAGCUUGAGCAUGCCGACGUGCUUACGCCUUUAUCCAACGAACUGGUCGGCUUUUGCCAGAAUCUGACAACGCUGAGGCUUAACUCUGCGUGUCUUCAGAUGAACGCUGACUUGCCAGGCAUUCCCACUCACUGCCUUCGCGAACUCGAUCUCUACCGGAUCGUGCACAUGUUCCCAUGGCGACUGUUUAAUAUGUCCAAAGGUGUUGUUGACUUUUCCAACCUCGAGUCACUGACAGUGGAGUUCGUGUGGUCACCCGACCAGCCAGCAUCUUUUCCAGGCGAAGGCAAUGAUAUCGUGUUUGGCUCGCUGGAGACCCUGAAAGUGUGCGGAUCGGGAUUGGUGUAUCUAGAUUUCUACACGUUCUUCAUUGGAAACCCAAUCACAAAGCUGAGCAUAUCCGAGGACCCCGCCUACUACUCAAGCAUCGACUUUAGCAUCCUUAAAGAUAUCAAGCAGCUGAGAGUCGGUCACCCCACCGGAUACCCACAGUUCAUGGGCAGGUACUCAGUCGCCGCAAUUGAAUCGCUGUUUGAGAGCCAAAGCACAGUGGAGGAAGCAGUUAUCGAUGGCCUUCUGUAUCCUAUCCCGGUACUUACGCCAUGGGCGAAUCUAUGUUCGCUCCACUUCCUCGUCAGCAUCGCUGACACAAAUUGCAUGACCAGCCUGUUGUUCCAGCUUCCGUCCCUUCAGAAACUGACGGUUGUGAGCUACUCGAUGGACCGCAACGACGCAGAGGACAUGCUGUUUGCUGACCAGGCUGUGAAUUUUCAAAACGUCGACGAUAUGCUUGACCCAGACGACCGGUUCCCCAUCAAUGAGAGCCUGUUGCAGCUCAACCUCUAUGCAUAUACGGGAUUUGACUGGUUUGGUCUAUACACACUACGAAAAUGGGUGUGCUCCUCAGCUGCUUUGACAAAGAAGCUAGAGCUGCUGUCUGAGCCGCCAGAGAUGCUAAGCAUAUCACUGCAGGCGAAUGACCCUGCUUCCUCCGUUGCCACUUCAUGUGCAGCCGCCUAG